UCUCUUGCGCGGCACGUUUUGCGAUAUUUCGAUUCCAUGCGGAUAUUUCUGAAAAUGUUCCACAUUUACUAAGUGCAAUUUCGAAACAGAAUCAAAAACAAGCGGUGAAAUGUGUGCAAAAUUGUUUUGGUUGGGCCUAACUGCCUGCCUAGUUUUGGCAAGAAGUGGAGUCUGUUUUGAGGCAAAACGCUUCUUUGGAGUGGGUGAAAGGUCCGAAGGAGAGAGACUCUUGGUCAAGGAUGUGCUCCACUCUCGUCCAUCCGGUGGCGAUGAACUGCCCAGUGUGACAUUCACCUAUGAGAUCCAGGAGCCGAUCACCUGUAUUGAAUUUCUAUCGGAGGAAAAUAUUUUGGCGGAGGUGAAAUUCAGCUAUGUGAAUCGCCUGGUCGAGGGCUUGGUCCAAUUGGCGGGUGGCAAUCAAAGUGAUGACGACGCCCAAGAAAAAGCCAGCGUUUUACCAACCGUCGAAUUCGAUGUGACCAUCAUGGUGUAUGGCCUUAAUGAUACUUUGAACUUUGAUCCCUCUGUGGUCCUCAAUAGAGAUCAGCAAUACGAGGGUCAGAUGGUGCCCUACGAGGAAUACAUUUCGGAACCGUAUCAAUACGACACGGUAUUUGACAACAACCGGCGAGAUGCCCUGGAGGUGGACGAGGAAAUUGAGGCUCUGUCCGACGAUGAUGACGAAAUGUUUACGGAGGGUCCUUCAGCCUCAGAUCAUUUUGAAAAGCCGGAUAAGGUUAUUGAAAUUGGAAACAGGCAGGAGGGAGAUCAACUUCUAUAUGAAUGCUAUCAGUCAUCGCCCGAUGACUCGGAAACCCCUACCAACAACACGGUGGUAUUCUACUACAUCGACAACAACUCUAUAACAUACGUAAAGUUUGACAUUUUGGAUCACUAUGCCAACAACAACGCCUCUGAAGGGAAAUAUAUAGCCCCUGUGGCGGAGUACAGUCACUAUUCGAGCGGUACUCUUAAAGCGUCUAUUACGGAUUUUAACUCCAAAAGCCUUUUUGUCCAGAUGUACAUCUACGGUUUUUGGGGACGCGUGACGCCCCCCAGUUAUGUGCCCUUCCUGCCGCCGCCCCAUUGGCAACGGAGUCAGGACCUGGAAGCCCGCACUCCGGCCCUGGACACCCGCACUCCGUACCUGACGCCGCUGCAGAAGAUGCAGCUGCUCCUGAUGACCGGUCAGAGGACGACCCCGCCCCCAGAAGACUUCAACAGUAGCGGCGAGCACGAGGAGCAGCGGAGCAUCCGGCCGGAGGAAAUGAUGUUCGAGCGGAUCGAGGAUGAGAAGAGUUCGGCCCUGCGGCAGAUGGACCGAGGAUUGGGGGCUUUGCUGGGCCUGCUCCUACUGAUCCUACACAACUAGAAUAGUCUGUCAAGGGGAGACAUUAGUUAAUCCAUGGAAAGCUUUAUGAGUAGUCUUUAGUCCAACAUUCUGUGUAUUGUAUUUUACGAAAUAAACUUUUGGCCUAAGCCAAGGCACACACACA